CAGAAAGUAAACAAAGUUAUGUGGACAAAAGUGGCCUUCCCUUACAAGGCACUCAAGCGACGUAAGAGGGAAACGAGAGGGAUAAGAACGUCCUUCGCAAAGUUGAUCCCGCUUUGAACGAAGCCCCCAUAUCCUGGAAUCCCCCCCCGAUCACAGCUUUGGUGGGUAACUGUAUAAACAUCGGAAACCCUUAUUUUAAAUCUCAAGCAUUCAUUGAAUUCAACCCAAACCUCCUCAAUCUUAACGCCCCUUCCCCUCGUUUACUCGAUUUCUGAAUACCAGGUAUAAAUCUAACGAAAAAGCCCUUAAUUUGAAGUCCCGGCCACCUCGAUCUCUUUCAGGCAACAAGCAGUAAAGAUUGUAUUAGAAGAAAAGAUUGGCUGGGGCUUCAUAUACUAUUUUGUAGUUGUGAGAUGGCAGAGAAGUCAUGUAUUAAGCGCCUCCAGAAGGAAUAUAGAGCACUUUGUAAAGAACCGGUUUCCCAUGUUGUCGCCCGUCCUUCCCCAAAUGACAUUCUUGAGUGGCAUUAUGUGCUGGAGGGAAGUGAAGGAACACCUUUUGCAGGUGGAUAUUACUACGGAAAGAUCAAGUUUCCAUCCGAAUAUCCCUAUAAGCCACCAGGAAUUAGCAUGACCACUCCUAAUGGCCGUUUCAUGACCCAAAAGAAAAUAUGCUUAUCAAUGAGCGAUUUUCAUCCUGAAAGUUGGAAUCCAAUGUGGUCUGUAUCAAGCAUACUCACGGGGCUUCUUUCAUUCAUGAUGGACAACAGUCCUACCACUGGUAGUGUGAACACUACUGUUGCUGAGAAGCAACGUCUAGCAAAGGCUUCCCUUGCUUUUAAUUGUAAGAACCCCACAUUUAGGAAAUUGUUUCCUGAGUACGUGGACAAGUAUAACCAGCAGCUGCUUUCUGAGAAGCUUAUUGCGGAGCAGGUGUCACCAGAUCCAUCUCAAGAAAAUUCCACACCCAUGUUGGAACGAGUUAUUAACUCUGUGGGAGAAGAUGCGUUGAAGGAUAGGAGAAUAAACAGGAAGCAGUCAUUCCCAACUUGGAUGAUGUUCUUGCUAGUUUCCAUCUUUGGCGUUGUAAUGGCACUGCCUCUGCUUCAACUUUGACAUCUUUUUAUUUUUUUAUUUUUUUUAUGAGUUUCAACUUUGACAUCUUGUGUGACAAGUGAAAUAUUUAAGGGGUCAAGUGACAAAGGCUUUUGCAAGUCAAGGGAUGCAUUUUAAAUGCUUCAAGUUUGUCAAGUGUCUCACAUAAUAGUGUAUAGCGGUUGAUAGGCUCAGUUGGGUCACCUUCUUGAUGCUUUCUCGUUUUUAUAUCUGUCGACAGGUUGUGAGAUGAUGUUCAAACAUUACAUGUUUGUCACGCUUUCUAAAUUCAUAGUCUUGAGUUUUGUGUAA